AUGUCUUUGUUUCUCAUAAGCCGUAGUCUCCGCAGAAGAUCCUCCACCUCUGUUUAUCUUCCUCUUCUUCUCUCUAAGGGCUUCUCAACUACUAAAUCCUUGCGGCAAAAGCAAACCCCUCCUUGUUCCAUCUUGGGCGCAAGUGAUACUAAUGAUGACGAUGUAUGGAGACUCCAAGUUGCCUAUUCUAAUAAACUGAAGAUUAUUCCACUGGAAAAGAAGAUACCUUUGGAGCUGGUGUAUAAAGAACAUGAUGAUGGAAAAACCGAAACGAUAGGGGCAUCCCAUGGGUGGAUAGCUACUGUGAAGGAGGAUGGAAUCCUGCGUCUGCAAGACGAUUUUAACCCUGUGGCAUCGGAUGCAAAUCCGAAACGUAUCCCUCUGCCUCCUCUUGUGACUCUUGCUCAUUGCCAAACCAAGAUCAUCACCAACGUGUCAAUGUCAUCAUCUUGUCCAGAGGAUGAUGAGGACUGUGUCGUGGCUGUCAAGUUCUUAGGGCCUCAGCUCAGCUUUUGCAAACCAGCUAGUAAACGCAGGGAGUGGACCAACGUUAAGAUCCAACACCCUUGCUUCUUCUCCUCCCGUGUCGUGUAUUCCGAGAAAGACAACAUGUUUCGCAUUCCCGGAUCUCGCGGCAAACUCAUCGGGUCAUGGGACCCUUGCAAUCCCAGCGAUGACCCCAAGCUGCACAAAGUAGAGAGGUACACAAAUUUUCCUAGGAUUCCCAUCACCACACCGGUGAGACCUCCUCCUAAGGAUGUUGAUGUUGAUCCGGGCAUCACGAUCCUGCACUUGGUUGAGUCAAGACCCACCGGUGAGACUUUCUUGGUUACGCAGCACAAGAUUAGAGCCAAGAACAAGCAAGGUGUUGCCAUUCUGAAAACAUCUAUUUUACUGGUGUGCAAGCUAGACGAUCAAGGAAACGCUGUCUACGUUCGAGACAUGGGAGAUCUCGUCAUCUUCCUCUCAAGGUCUGAACCUUUCUGUGUCCCUGCUUCUUCCUUUCCUGGCAUGCGCCCUAACGAGCUUCACCUCUAUGAUGAUGAUGAUAUGAUAUUUGUCGAUGUCGAUGACCUCCCCUUCAACUACAUCUUUACUAUCAGUGGUCCACAUCUUGUCCCUUAUCAGAUUCCACCUCAAGAUAUCAAAUAA